CUUAGCAACAACAAACAAACGAAUGCAUUCCGAAGGUUAAUAGAACGCUGGCAUUAAGAUUCCCAUGGUCGUGUAAAACAGAACUUUAAAAUGUCGGCCGACCUGGAGUUGGGCGACAGCCGUGUUGAAUUCAUUGCGGACUACGUUAUAAAAACAACAAAAUGCAAACCGGACAAGUUCACGAAAAUGUACAGCGCCGACGAGACGAAACAAUUGAUCAUGGAAUGGUUCGAGAAACCCGAUCUUCAGUCGCUGGUUAUUGUCAGCAAUCCUGGAGGAUCUCUUACCGCUCAGUAUGAGUGGCCAUCCAACCCAAAAGCGAAAGCCUGUUACUUUGUAAAGAAAUCAAGGGAAGCUCUCCCCAAGGACGUCCCUUUCAGACAGGCGGUGUUGUAUGGGGAUCUCUCAUAUUCACCACUGGACCAGCUCUCUGCAUUUGUUGAUGAGGUGCUGGUACCACUUUUGUCAAAUGAGAGGAACCAUGAUCAUUGGCCGAAUGUUGUUUCCAAGGAUGUCACGCGACAUGUUCACAAUUUGAAAGGAAAUGUCUUUGUUGUUUCUGGACAAGCCAAGGGGAAAACGCUCCUUCCACUACCUGUUGGUGCUGAGAGGGUGCAUGAAAUUGAACUUGAUGGUGCUGACAGCUUGGACAGAGCCCUCAUUCACACCAUUGAAUCCAUGGUGAUUGAAUGGACUCACCAGAUCCAAGAUGUCUUAAAACGAGAUUCAGCUCAGCCUUUGCUUGAAGGAUUGAACCCCACACCCUUUGUGGAACUCGAGUUCUGGAAAAACAAAGCUAUGAACCUUGAGUGCAUUUAUGAGCAGCUCAGAGAUCCCAAGGUCAGAAAGAUGGCUGAACUCCUUGAGAAGACUGGGAGCAGCUACUUCCUCUCAUUCAAGGACAUCUUCAGGGACUGUGUUGCAGCUCUGACUGAAGCACAGGAUAUCAAUAUGUACCUGAAGCCCAUGCGCCACCACUUUGAGGACUAUGAGCAGGCUGAGUUUGAUGACAGCAAGAAGUUCUUUGGGCCCAUGUUUAACGCCUUGUGUCUAGUGUGGGCCAACUCUGAGUACUACAAUACUCCAGCUAGAAUCAUUGUCCUUCUGCAAGAGAUGUGCAACAUGAUCAUUCAGAUGGCAACCACUUUCUUGGAGCCACAUGAGCUAUUCAAGGGUGAGGUAGAAGAGACCAUUGCCAAGGUACGCAAAGCAUGUGAUGUUCUCAAGGGCUUCCGUGAAGAAUACGAGGUGCACCGCCAGAAACUUGACACCUAUUUCAAGGAUGGCAAGGAAGAGAGAAAGUGGGAAUUCGCCCCGGCUCUUGUGUUUGCUCGCUACGACAAGUUCUGUGAGCGAGUUGAAACUGUCAAGGAACUGAUGGAGUCUGCGCUGGAGUUCAUGAAGCUAGAGAAGGUGGAGCUGGGAGGUAUCAAGGGCAAGGUGCUCAGUCAGCAGGUACUGAACAUCUUUGAAGAGUUUGGGGUCCACUACAAGGUCUUCACUGAUGCCACGUACGACUGUCUCAAUCCAAAUGACCCGACAUUCAUCAACCAGUAUCACAAGUUCAAGGAGAUCGUGGAGGACUUUGACCGCAGACUGGCAACCAUUAUCUGCCAAGGCUUUGAUGAUGCCGGUGGUCUGGAGAGCUCAUUUAAGCUGCUGGACAUCAUGGGCUCCCUGCUGGACCGGCCACUCAUCAAGAAGGACUUUGAGGAGAAGUACCCGAUCCUGGUGAGCUCAAUGAACAAGGAGCUGGACAUUGCCAAGGAGAUCUACGACCUUCAGAUGCAGGUCAAGGCAGAACGUGGCAAGGUUCCUAUCCAUAAGAACAUGCCCUACGUGACCGGCGGGCUGAAGUGGGCCCAGGAGUUACGUGAACGAAUCAGCAUUCCAAUGAGCAACUUCAAGCACCUGGAGCACCCGGUGAUGGACAGCGAGGAGGCAAAGUUGGUUUUCACCAAGCACCAAGAAAUGCUCGACCUGCUUGCCAAAUGGGACCAGGAGAUAUUCAAGGAGUGGGUGGCCGGGGUGGAUGAGGCAUGCUCUUUCAACCUCAACCAGCCGCUGAUCACACGAAACGAGGAGACUAAACUCAUCGUUGUCAACUUUGAUCCCCAGCUGGUGGCGGUUCUUCGUGAGGUGAAGUACCUCGAAGUCCGAAGUGAGGAGGAGGUUCCCACAGCUGCCAAGGCAAUCUACGAGCGCUAUGACACGCUCUGGAAGUUCACUACAAACCUUGACCUCACUGUCAGUCUGUACAACAAGGUGCGAAACACUGUCCUGGAGGUGGAGUUCCCGCUGAUUGAGACCCAGAUUGCAGACAUUGACAGCAAACUGAAGCAGGCUGAAACCACCCUGAACUGGAACACAGAUGGUAUCUGGGAGUACAUUCAGAGCACCCGAGACCAAGUGAUUGACCUAGAGUCUAGAGUUCAACGGGCCAAGAACAACGUUGAGGAGGUCCAGAAGCUGAUGUCAACAUGGAGCAAACUGCCGUUGUUCACAAGGAAGGAGGAGAAGAACGACACACUGCUCAAUCUGUCCGACCGCAAGGAUAGACUUGACAAGCGCUAUAAGGAGAUCACAGACAUUGGCGCCAGUAUCCACACACUGCUCACGAGCAAUCUGGAGCUGUUCAAGGCUGACAAGACGUCUGACAUCUGGAAGGCGUAUGUGGACUACGUGGAUGAGAUGGUGGUCGACGGAUUCUUCAACACAAUCCACUGCAGUCUCAAGUUCUUGCUGGACAACACAGAUGCCAAGAAUGAGCCCGAUGAUCUCUUCAAGGCCAUGCUUGAGCUGCAAGCCCCCGAGAUGGUGUUCCUGCCAUCCCUUGAGUUUGGUGUGCCAGACGGAUUCUAUGACCUGGUGGAUGGUCUUGUUGGAGACAUCUACAAACAGGCUUCCCUUAUCAAGCGUCUUGCUGCACACACUGGCCAGGAGCACUACCAGCCAGACCUAGAGGACAUGGAGGAGCUGUCUGAGAUGAGACAGGAGCUCAUGGACCGCAUACAGAACAUCAUGAACAAGAGCAUGGAGUACCGCAACUCAUUCGACAACUAUGCCUACCUCUGGGUUGAUGAUAGGACUGAGUUCAUGCGUCAGUUCCUGUUGUACGGCCAUGUUCUCACCACGGAGGAGAUUGAGGCUCAUGCAGAGGAUGGAGUACCAGAACAGCCUCCCACCCUCAAGCAGUUCAAGGAACAGAUCGACACCUAUGAGAAGAUCUAUGAGGAAUGUGAGCAGAUCACCCCAGUGAAGGUGUUUGACAGCUGGUUCCGCAUCGACAGCAAGCCCUUCAAACAGGCCCUCCUGAACAUCAUCAAGAGAUGGAGCUUCAUGUUCAAGCAGCAUCUCAUUGAUCAUGUGACCAACAGUCUGAAGGAGCUUCACGAGUUCAUCAAGGUGACAGAUAAGGGUUUGACAAAGGAAGUAAAAGAUGGAGACUAUGCUGGCCUUGUAGAGUGCAUGGAAAACCUCACCGCAGUCAAAGACCGCCAGGCAACCACUGAUGACAUGUUUGAGCCCUUGAAACAGACCAUUGAGCUCUUGAAGACAUAUGAGCAGGAAAUGCCCGAGGAGGUCCAUCUGCAGUUACAGGAGUUGCCAGAGCAGUGGAACAACACCAAAAAGAUUGCCAUCACCGGCAAGCAACAAGUGGCUCCUCUCAUGGCAAAUGAAGUGGCCAACAUUCGUAGAAAGAGUGCCACAUUUGAUGUCAACCAGUACAAGUUUAGAGAAAAGUUCCGUUCCAUUCCACCUUUCAGAUAUGACUGCACUGGACCUUAUGAAUCCCUUGACAAGUUCCAUGAGGAGAUCGCUGUAAUGGAAAAGGAGAUGACUUCGUUGUUGGAGUCUGCGCAGCUGUUCGAGGUGAAUGUGCCUGAUUUCAAGCAGCUGAAGCAGUGCCGCAAGGAGAUCAAGCUGCUCAAGACGCUCUGGGACUACGUGAUCAUGGUCCGCAGCAGCAUCAACGACUGGAAGACCACACCCUGGAAGGAAAUCAACGUAGAGCAGAUGGACAUGGACUGCAAAAAGUUCUCCAAGGACAUCAGGUCUCUUGACAAGGAGAUGCGAGCAUGGGACACAUACACUGGUGUAGAGAACACAGUAAAGAACAUGUUGACCUCCCUGCGAGCCGUCAGUGAGCUACAGAACCCGGCCAUCAGAGAGAGGCAUUGGCAGCAGCUCAUGCAGGCCACCAAGGUGCGUUUCGUGAUGGAUGAGAGCACAACGCUUGCUGACCUGCUGUCGCUGAACCUUCACAACUUUGAGGACGAUGUGCGAGGCAUUGUGGACAAGGCCGUCAAGGAAAUGAGCAUGGAGAAGGUGCUUAAAGAACUCGACGUCACCUGGGCACAGAUGGAGUUUGAACAUGAGGCACACUCAAGAACUGGCAUCACCAUGCUGAAAACCAGUGAAGAGCUCAUUGAAACUCUUGAAGACAACCAGGUACAACUCCAGAACAUGCUUACCUCUAAGUACAUAGCUCAUUUCUUGCAAGAGGUAUCUGCAUGGCAGAAGAAACUGUCCACUGCUGACCAAGUCAUUGGCAUCUGGAUGGAGGUCCAGCGCACAUGGUCUCACUUGGAAAGUAUCUUCAUUGGCUCAGAAGAUAUCAGAAACCAACUACCUGAAGACUCAAAUAGAUUUGAUAGAAUUGAUACCGAUUUCAAGGAACUUGUGACCGUUGUGGAAAAGACGAAGAACUGUGUGGACGCCACCAACGUUCCCAACCUGUAUGACAAGCUGGAGCAUCUGCAAGGGCAGUUAACCCUGUGUGAGAAGGCACUGGCAGAGUACCUGGAGACCAAGAGAUUGGCCUUCCCACGAUUCUACUUCGUCUCAUCUGCAGAUCUUCUGGAUAUCUUGUCCAAUGGCAAUAACCCAACUGUGGUUGCCAAGCACUUGACCAAGUUGUUUGACAGCAUGGCAAAGCUGAAGUUCAAGCAGGAUGACAAGGGCAACAACACUAAGAUGGCCCUAGGCAUGUUCAGUAAGGAUGGGGAAUAUGUGGACCUUGACAAGGAAUGUGACCUUAACGGACAGGUUGAGGUGUGGCUGAUGCGCCUGCUGGAGCGCCACUGUGCCACAGUCCGCUACCAGAUGACAGAGGCAGUGACCUCAUAUGAGGAGAAGCCACGCGACCAGUGGCUCUUUGACUUCCCUGCCCAGGUGGCGCUGUGUGGCACCCAGAUCUGGUGGACCACUGAGGUGAACAUCGCCUUUGCCAGGCUGGAAGAAGGAUAUGAGAACGCCCUCAAGGACUACAAUAAGAAACAGGUCGCUCAGCUGGUUGCUCUUAUCAACAUGUUGAUUGGUAAACUGAGCGUGGGAGACCGUCAGAAGAUCAUGACCAUCUGUACCAUUGAUGUGCACGCCCGUGAUGUCAUCAGCAAGCUGAUCACCACAAAGGUAGACAGCUCCCAGGCGUUUGCCUGGCUGUCACAGCUCCGCCACCGCUGGGACGACAAUGAGAGGGAUUGCUUUGCCAACAUCUGUGACGCCCAGUUCAGAUACUCCCAUGAGUACCUGGGCAACACACCACGUCUGGUCAUCACACCACUUACUGACAGAUGUUACAUCACAUUGACCCAGUCCCUGCACUUGAUCAUGAGUGGAGCCCCCGCUGGGCCAGCUGGUACAGGCAAGACUGAGACAACCAAGGAUCUGGGUCGUGCCCUUGGCAUCAUGGUGUAUGUGUUCAACUGCUCAGAACAGAUGGACUACAAGUCUAUUGGCAACAUCUACAAAGGUCUGGCACAAUCCGGCGCCUGGGGUUGUUUUGACGAGUUUAACCGUAUCGCCGUAGAGGUGUUGUCUGUGGUUGCAGUGCAGGUCAAGUGCAUUCAGGAUGCAGUCAAGGGCAAAAAGGCUCGCUUUGACUUCCUAGGAGAAAACAUUGUCCUCAAGCAGACAGUCGGUAUCUUCAUUACCAUGAACCCUGGCUAUGCUGGCCGUACUGAGCUGCCUGAGAACUUGAAGGCUCUGUUCAGACCUUGCGCUAUGGUUGUUCCGGAUUUUGAACUGAUCGCUGAAAUCAUGUUGGUGGCUGAGGGCUUCAUUGAUGCCCGUCUCCUUGCCCGUAAGUUCCUGACGCUGUACAGCCUGUGUCGAGAGCUGCUGUCUAAGCAGGAUCACUACGACUGGGGACUGCGCGCCAUCAAGUCCGUGCUGGUUGUGGCUGGUGCUCUCAAGAGAGCCGACCCUGACAGGCCCGAGGAUCAGGUGCUUAUGCGAGCCUUGAGAGAUUUCAACCUUCCAAAGAUCGUUACCGACGAUGUUCCAAUCAUCAUGGGUCUCAUCGGAGAUUUGUUCCCGGCACUUGAGGUACCCAGAAAGCGUGACAUGGACUUUGAGAAACAGAUUCGCCAGGCAACACUUGAUCAGAAGUUGCAGCCAGAAGACAACUUCAUACUUAAGGUGGUUCAACUGCAAGAGUUGUUUGAUGUCCGUCACUCAGUGUUCUUGCUGGGUGCUGCUGGUGCCGGCAAGAGUAAGGUUUGGAACACCCUCAACCGCACUUACAAAAAUCAGGGGCGCAAACCCCAGGCCAUUGACCUUGACCCCAAGGCCGUCACAAACAAUGAGCUGUUUGGUAUCAUCAAUCCAGCCACUCGAGAGUGGAAAGACGGUUUGUUCUCUGUGAUCAUGAGAGAUCUGGCCAACCUGACCACAGAUGGCCCCAAGUGGAUUGUCCUGGACGGUGACAUUGACCCCAUGUGGAUUGAGUCUCUCAACACUGUCAUGGAUGACAAUAAGGUGCUGACACUGGCCAGUAACGAGAGGAUCCCACUGACCCCAACCAUGAGACUGCUGUUUGAGAUCUCCCACCUGAGGACUGCCACCCCCGCCACAGUCUCCCGCGCCGGUAUCCUCUUCAUCAACUCUACUGACCUUGGAUGGAACCCGUUUGUGUCGAGCUGGAUCGACACUCGUGAGGUGCAGUCAGAGAAAGCCAACCUGCAGAUCCUCUUUGAGAAGUAUGUGCCCAUGUGCCUGGACAUCAUGAAGAAUCGCUUCAAGAAGAUCACACCCAUAGUGGAGAUUAGCCACGUUCAGAUGUUGUGUCACCUACUGGAGUGUCUGCUCACCCCAGAGAACACUCCACCCGACUGUCCCAAGGAGUUGUAUGAACUCUACUUCGUGUUUGCUGCAGUCUGGGCCUUUGGCAGCUGUACCUUCCAGGAUCAGCUGGUUGACUAUCGUGUGGAGUUCACAAAAUGGUGGACAACCGAAUUCAAGGUGGUCAAAUUCCCAGCCCAGGGCACCAUUUUUGACUACUACAUAGACAACGAGACCAAAAAGUUUGAGCCCUGGACCAGAAUGGUGAAAAAAUUUGAGCUCGACCCUGAUCUUCCAUUGCAGGCUGCUUUGGUGCACACCUCAGAAACCACGCGUGUCAAAUGGUUCCUGGACAUGUUCAUUGAGAAGAGACACCCCGUGAUGCUGGUCGGCAACGCCGGAACAGGAAAGACAGUCUUGAUGAAUGACAAGCUGAAGAGCUUAUCUGAAGACUUCAUGAUUGCAAAUGUCCCGUUCAACUUCUACACAACAUCUCAGAUGUUGCAGGGCAUUCUGGAGAAACCGCUGGAAAAGAAGGCUGGUCGCAACUUUGGUCCACCUGGCACCCGACGCCUGAUCUACUUUGUGGACGAUCUGAACAUGCCUGAGGUAGACAAGUACUUCACGGUGCAGCCCCACACGUUCAUGAGGCAGCACAUCGACCACCAGCACUGGUAUGAUAGGAGUAAGCUAACACUAAAGGACAUCCACAACACACAGUAUGUGGCCUGCAUGAACCCCACAGCCGGUAGCUUCACCAUUGACUCCCGCCUCCAGAGGCACUUUGCCGUGUUCUCAGUGAACUUCCCCAACCAGGAGGCCUUGAUAACAAUCUACACCAGCAUCCUUUUCCAGCACUUGGCCCUCAACAGCUUUGCUGGAAAUGUGCAGAAGUAUGCCACCACUCUGAUUAAUGGAGCACUGAACCUUCACAACAAGAUCUCCUCCACCUUCUUGCCCACUGCUAUCAAGUUCCAUUACGUCUUCAACCUUCGAGAUCUCUCCAACAUCUUCCAGGGUGUGUUGUUUGCUAUGCCUGACUGCGCGAAGACACCAGUGGACCUUGUACGACUGUGGAUGCACGAGUCUGACCGAGUGUACAGAGACAAGCUGGUGGACGAAAUUGACAUGGAUACCUAUGACAAACUGAAGAAGGAAAUUAUAAAAAAAUCGUUUGAGGACGUUGAUGAAAACCUCCUGUACAAGGAACCUGUGAUCUAUUGUCACUUUGCCCAGGGCAUUGGUGAGGCCAAGUACCUACCUGUGGACAGUUGGGCGACUCUAAACAAAAUCCUUGUGGAAGCCUUGGACAAUUACAAUGAACUUAAUGCUGCAAUGAACCUUGUUCUGUUCGAAGAUGCCAUGAGACACAUCUGCAGAAUCAACCGCAUUCUGGAGUCACCUCGUGGCAAUGCCUUGCUCAUUGGUGUCGGAGGCAGCGGCAAACAGAGCUUGUCCCGCCUGGCCUCGUUUAUCAGCAGCUUGGACGUGUUCCAGAUUCAACUAAAGAAGGGUUACUCUGUGGCUGAUCUGAGGGCAGAGUUGGCCCAGCUGUAUCAGAAGGCUGGGCUCAAGAACAUGGGGCUGGUGUUCUUGAUGACUGACGCCCAGGUAGCCGAUGAGAAGUUCCUUGUCCUCAUUAACGACUUGCUGGCCUCUGGUGAAAUCCCAGACUUGUUUGCUGAAGAUGAGUACGAAAACAUCAUCAAUGGUGUGAGGAACGAAGUGAAGGGCAUGGGAAUGGAAGAUUCCAGAGAUAACUGCUGGAGCUUUUUCAUUGAUAAAGUGCGCCGGACACUUAAGGUUGUUCUAUGCUUCUCUCCUGUUGGAGCGACCCUGCGUGUGCGUAGCCGCAAGUUCCCGGCUCUCACCAACUGCACCAGCAUUGAUUGGUUCCACGAGUGGCCAGAGGAUGCAUUGAUUUCCGUAUCAGCUCGCUUCCUGUCAGAGGGCACUGAACUUCAGCCUGAUCUGUGCGAGUCCAUUUCCCAAUUCAUGGCUUACGUGCACAAGUCAGUGAACGAGACAAGUGCCCAGUACCUGGCCAAUGAGAAACGCUACAACUACACCACUCCCAAGAGCUUCCUGGAGCAGAUCACCCUCUACCAAAACCUGCUGGGCAAGAAGAACUCAGAUCUGCAGGCUAAGAUUGUGCGUCUAGAAAACGGUCUCGAGAAACUGAAAAGCACUGCUGCUCAGGUGGAUGACCUUAAAGCAAAGUUGGCCUCACAAGAAGUAGAGUUGGCUCAGAAGAAUGAGGAUGCAAACAAACUUAUUGCUGUUGUUGGAGCUGAAACUGAGAAAGUGUCCAAAGAAAAGGCUAUUGCCGAUGAAGAGGAGAAGAAAGUGUCUAAGAUCAAUGAAGAGGUCUCAAAGAAGGCUAAGGAUUGUAGUGAUGAUCUUGCAAAAGCAGAACCUGCCCUUCUUGCUGCUAAGGAGGCCUUGAACACUCUAAACAAGGGCAAUUUGACUGAGUUGAAGUCCUUCGGUUCCCCACCUCCAGCUGUCAUUAACGUCACAGCAGCUGUCAUGUGCCUGUUGGCACCAGGUGGCAAAGUUCCAAAAGACAAGAGUUGGAAGGCAGCCAAGAGCACAAUCAUGUCAAAGGUUGAUGCCUUCUUAGAUGGUUUGAUCAACUAUGACAAGGAUAACAUCCAUGAGAACUGUCAGAAGGCAGUACAGCCAUACCUUAGCGACCCUGAAUUUGACCCUGAGUUCAUCCGUAGCAAGUCAUUAGCCGCUGCUGGUUUAUGCUCCUGGGUCAUCAAUAUCAUGAUGUACUACACAGUGUUCUGUGAAGUCGAGCCAAAGAGACUUGCUCUCAAUCAGGCUAAUGCAGAGCUGAGUGCUGCCAGAGAGAAGUUGAGAAUCAUCACCAAUAAGAUCGCUCAACUAGAGUCAGACUUGGCAACACUCACUGCUGAGUUUGAGAAAGCCACCAAUGAGAAACUUCGUUGCCAGCAUGAAGCUGAGACUACAGCAAAAACAAUUGAGUUGGCCAACCGCUUGGUGGGAGGCUUGGCUUCUGAAAAUGUCCGUUGGGCUGAUGCUGUGAAGAACUUUAAGAUACAAGAAAAGACUCUCCCAGGAGAUGUGCUUAUGAUCACAGCCUUUGCUUCGUACGUGGGUUGCUUCACUAAACAGUACCGCCUCCAUCUGCAGGAUGACUGCUGGACCCCAUUUUUGAAGACACUGAAGAACCCAAUUCCAGUCUCCCCAGGCCUUGAUCCAUUGUCUCUCUUGACAGAUGAUGCAACAGUUGCAUCCUGGAACAAUGAGGGUUUACCCAGUGACAGAAUGUCCACAGAAAAUGCAACAAUCCUUACCAACUGUGAGCGCUGGCCAUUGAUGAUUGACCCUCAACUGCAGGGUUCAAAAUGGAUCAAAACACGAUAUGGUGAGGACUUAAAGGUUAUUAGCUUAGACAAGAAGGGCUAUUUGGAUGCAAUUGAGCGAGCCGUAUCAUCGGGUGAUGUGGUGCUGAUUGAAAACAUGCAGGAGUCCAUUGACCCAGUCCUUGACCCACUCAUUGGCAGAAACACCAUCAAGAAGGGUCGUGCCAUCAAAAUGGGUGAUAAGGAGGUGGAAUACCACCCUGACUUCCGUUUAAUCCUGCACACAAAACUGGCCAAUCCUCACUACAAGCCUGAGAUGCAGGCCCAAACCACGCUGAUCAAUUUCACGGUCACAAGGGACGGUCUAGAAGAUCAGCUUCUGGCUGAUGUGGUCAGCAAGGAGAGACCAGAUCUGGAGAAACUGAAAUCUGAUCUGACCAGGCAGCAGAACCAGUUCAAGAUUACCCUGAAAGAACUGGAAGACAAUCUGUUGGCUCGCCUCUCAGCAGCCGAAGGAAACUUCUUGGGAGACUAUGCCCUAGUGGAGAACCUUGAGAUCACGAAGAGAACAGCGGCCGAGAUUGAGGUGAAGGCAGAAGAGGCCAAGAAGACAGAGGUGGAGAUCAACCAGGCUCGUGAGCACUACAGAUCAGCAGCGGCCCGUGCAUCUCUGCUGUACUUCAUACUCAAUGACUUGAACAAGAUCAACCCCAUGUACCAAUUCUCACUCAAGGCAUUCAGUGUAGUAUUUGAGAAGGCUAUUGAUCGCUCUGAGCCUGCAGAAGACGUGAAGCAGCGUGUAAUCAAUCUGAUUGACUGCAUCACGUUCUUUGUGUACACCUACACAGCCAGAGGUCUCUUUGAGAAGGACAAGCUCAUCUUCACAACACAGAUGUGCUUUCAGAUCCUCCUGAUAGCAAAGGAACUGAACCCCAUUGAGCUGGACUUCCUCCUCCGAUUCCCUGCUGUCCCCAACUUAACAACACCUGUGGACUUCCUCAGCAACAACAGCUGGGGUGGAAUAAAGGCUCUGGCCAACUUCGAGGACUUCCGUAACCUUGAUAGGGACAUAGAAGGCUCGGCAAAACGCUGGAAGAAAUUUGUUGAAAGUGAGUGCCCUGAGAAGGAAAAGUUCCCACAGGAAUGGAAGAACAAGACGUCCCUGCAAAAACUGUGCAUGAUGAGGGCUCUGCGUCCAGACAGAAUGACAUACGCUCUUAGACUCUUCAUUGAGGAGAAAAUGGGAACCAAGUAUGUAGAGGGUCGUGCAACUGAGUUUUCCAAGUCGUUUGAGGAGUCUGGUAUUGCUACCCCCAUCUUCUUCAUCCUGUCUCCUGGUGUGGACCCACUGAAGGACGUGGAGAAACUUGGCAACAAAAUGGGCUUCAAGGCUGACAACGGAAACUUCCACAAUGUGUCACUGGGUCAAGGUCAGGAGAUUGUGGCCGAGCAAAAGAUGGAGCUCGGUGCAAAGGAGGGACACUGGGUUGUUCUGCAGAAUGUUCACUUGGUGGCAAAAUGGCUGCCUAAGCUUGAGAAGCUGGUGGAGCAAUACUCGGUGGGUAGCAACCCCAACUACCGCCUGUUCAUCAGCGCAGAGCCUGCGGCCUCAGCAGACUCCCACAUCAUCCCACAGGGCAUUCUGCAGGCCUCCAUCAAGAUCACCAACGAGCCGCCGUCUGGUAUGAUGGCCAACCUCCACAAGGCCCUAGAUAAUUUCUCACAGGAAACCAUGGAGAUGUGCGCCAGAGAGACAGAAUUCAAAUCCAUCUUGUUCUCAUUGUGCUAUUUCCACGCGGUCGUAUGCGAGCGUAGGAAGUUUGGUGCCCAGGGCUGGAACAGAGUGUACCCAUUCAACACUGGAGACCUCACCAUCUCUGUCAAUGUGCUCUACAACUACCUGGAAGCCAACCCAAAGGUGCCCUGGGAGGAUCUGCGCUACCUGUUUGGGGAGAUCAUGUACGGUGGCCACAUCACGGAUGACUGGGACAGGAACCUGUGUCGUACCUACCUACAGGUCUACAUGCACUCAGACAUGCUGGAGGGAGAGCUUUACCUAGCCCCAGGCUUCCCCCUACCGUCCAACACUGACUUCAAAGGUUACCACAACUACAUUGACGAAUGCCUGCCACCAGAGACACCCUACCUGUACGGUCUACACCCGAACGCCGAGAUUGAGUUCCUGACCAACACUUCUGAGAACCUGUUCCGUAUCGUGUUUGAGAUGCAGCCACGUGACUCUGGGGCUGCCGCAGCUGGGGGAGCCACCAGGGAAGAGAAGAUCAAGGCCAUCCUGGAUGAGAUCAUGGAGAAGCUUCCAGAGGAGUUCAAUAUGGUGGAAAUCAUGGCCAAGGUGCCGCCCGAGGAGCGCACACCAUACGUUGUGGUCGCCUUCCAGGAGUGCGAGAGGAUGAACGGCCUCAUCUCACAGAUACGCCGCUCACUCAAGGAACUUGACCUCGGUCUUAAGGGCGAGUUGACCAUCACGGGAGCCAUGGAGGAGCUGGGUAACUCCCUUUUCCUGGACACCGUGCCCACCUCAUGGCAGGCAAAGGCCUACCCCUCACUGAUGGGUCUCAGCCUAUGGUACGCUGACCUGCUUCAGCGUGUCAAGGAGCUGGAAACCUGGACCUCAGACUUCCAGCUUCCAGCCGCUGUCUGGCUUGGUGGGUUCUUCAACCCACAGUCCUUCCUUACCGCCAUUAUGCAGCAGAUGGCCAGAAAGAACGAGUGGCCGCUGGAUCGCAUGUGUCUGCAGUGUGAUGUCACGAAGAAGGCGCGUGAGGAUAUGGCGGGACCACCGCGAGAGGGCGCGUACGUUCACGGACUCUUCAUGGAGGGAGCCCGCUGGGACAUGCAGACGGGCAUGAUCACUGAGGCUAGGCUGAAGGAACUGGCGCCUGCCAUGCCGGUCAUCUUCCUCAAGGCCAUUCCUGUGGACAGACAGGAUCUCCGUAGCAUCUACGAGUGUCCCGUCUACAAGACCAAGACCCGCGGCCCAACGUACGUCUGGACGUUCAACCUGAAGUCUAAGGAGAAGGCGAGCAAGUGGGUCCUGGGAGGAGUGGCUCUGCUUCUGCAGGCGUAAAUAGGAAUAGGCUGGAGUGGGCUUGAGACGAUCAUUAUGUGAGAUGUGCUCAAAACUGCGCACAUUUGUGUGUGCUUAUAUGAACUAGGAGUUGUGUUUGUAUUGACUAUAUACUAAUAAAAAUAUCUCCUUUAUAUUAACACCUUUGGUUUGACGUUUGUUAAAAUUAAGUGAUAAAAACUAUUGUACAAUAUAUGAAAAAACAUAGACAUCCAUUAAUCUUGAUCUAUCGACUACUGAGUAUGCAAUAUGCUAUGGACGUUAUGUACCUUCUUGACGAGUGCUUAUUGUUGCAGUUUUUGUGAUUUGUUGCGCUUAAUUAUUAAUUUAUGCUUGUUGAGAUAUUGUAUUGCUAUUAAAACCGCUUUAUUAUGUAUUGUGUUAGAUGUUAAAAUUAAUAAUUUGUUUAAAUAUAAAUUCCCGUAUUUCGCAUGCUUUUGCAUGAAACAAAAUCAGUAUUCCGUCCAAUGUAAAUAAUACUGAUAUUUAUAUUUAUGUCCAUGUUCCGUGUUGCUUAUUAUCAAAUACAUUAUUUUAAAUAACUAA